AUGAAAAAAAUGAUGUCGAAAAAGAUUAUUAAUCUAUUUAUACUUUGUACCUUUUGUUAUUCCAUUGGUCAAACUAGUUCAAGAGAAAAUGAAAGUAAAGUCAAUUUAUUAAAUAAAAUGGAUCAUAAACAUGGGAAUUUAAAAACCAUAAAUCCACACAAUAACAUAAAGAAAAAUGAAAAAGAUAAUUACAAUUAUGAUAAGAAAGAAUCUUUCAUUUUGUUAAAUCAAAAAAUCAAAGACGAUCAAUCAAAUGAUGAUGAGGAAGAUGAUGAAGAAGAUGACGACCAUGAUCAAGAACAUGAUCAGGAACACGAUCAGGAUCAUAAUAAUGAAAAUAAUGAUGAUACAAAUGGACAAGCUAAGCAAUCAGAAAUUGUUCAAACCCUUAAAGAAGCUUUACCUCCCCCACCACCAAUAGUUCAACCUCCACCUCCACCUAUGACACCAUCAAGUAUUGCAGGACAUGUUGUAUCAAAUGUUUUCCAGGCUGGAUUAAAAUUAAUAGAUUAG